CAUCUCCGUUACUGUCUACUAACUUAAACGUUUAACCAUAACAAUGGCCCAGUAGAAACUAUAAAUCCCAGAUGUUGAAAAAAUGCCACUGACAUGAGGACAUGAAAAGUGACGGGUGCUGCACAUAACUGACUUGACAGCACGGCGUUAUGGUACAGCCUGCCAUCUGUGGUUGUCAUGGUAACAUUUAUUGUAUCUGCACUGGCAAAGGUCUUCAGCAUCUAAAAAUAAAUGGCGUUUCAUUACGAGCACAGAGCCACUGCAGAAUGAUGCCUGUUACAGACAUGCUGGAGAGAUUUGCUUCAGCAGUGUGCUGAUUGAAGGAGGUGCCAGUGAGACGACUGACCUCUGAUUCAGAUAGAGAACAAGUAUGCCUCGAGGAAGGAGUGAAAACACAGUCAGCCCUAGUAAAUCUCCUCUGGUAGGUUAAUGGUAUUUUUCACUAAAUUGUUUUCUGCAUGCUCUCAGUAUCGAUCACCAUCCCUCCAUCCUCCCUGCCUUUAGAGGCUAGGACUCGCUGUGGUUCGGAUGAGAUUACAGAAGCCAGGGGGUUUAGUCUGUGUGUCACGAAGUAGCAGCUACUGCAGAAAUGAGUCUCCAUGAUGGACGAAUGACCAGCAACGGUGACGCACGUUUGGGAGGCAUGAAGGUGCAGGAUCCCUCAACCCCAACGAAGAAACCUCAAUCUCCCAAGCCUGAAAAUGCCAUCACCAUUGCUGUGUCAUCACGUGUCCUCUUCAACAUGGACCUGGAACAGCAGAUCUUUGAAGAGAAGGGCAUGGAGGAGUACCUGAAGUACCAGAUUGAACAUGAGACUGAACCAUUUGCACCAGGACCUGCUUUCCCCUUUAUUAAGGCUCUGGAAGCAGUCAAUGUGCAGCUCAGACAACUUUAUCCAGACAGCGAAGAGCUCUUUGAUGUUGUGCUGAUGACUAACCAUCACGCAAAUGUUGGACUCAGACUCAUUAACUCGAUCAACCAUCACAAGCUAUUCAUUGAGCGCUUCUGUAUGACUGGAGGUAAUAGUCCAAUUGGGUAUCUGAAAGCCUACCACACCAACCUGUACUUGUCUGCUGAUUCAAAGAAAGUGAUAGAGGCCUUAGAGGAAGGGAUUGCGGCAGCCACCAUGUUCAAACCAGAGAAAGUGACGGAGGUGUCAGAGACACAGCUGCGAGUGGCCUUCGAUGGAGACGCAGUGCUGUUUUCGGACGAGUCGGAAAGAAUCUUUAAAACGCAAGGACUGGACAAAUUUUUUGAACAUGAAAAGGCCCAUGAAAACAAGCCGCUUGAUCAUGGUCCACUGAAAGGAUUUUUGGAGGCUUUGGGAAAACUGCAAAAGAAAUUCUCUGCCAAAGGUCAGCGUAUGGACUGUCCCAUCCGCACCUACCUUGUGACUGCUCGCAGUGCAGCUAGUUCAGGUACACGUGCCCUGAAGACCCUGCGUUCUUGGGGCCUAGAGACAGAUGAAGCCCUUUUCUUGGCUGGAGCACCUAAAGGCCCUAUGCUGGCAAAAAUCAAGCCCCACAUUUUCUUCGAUGAUCAAAUGUUCCAUAUUGAAGGGGCUGCAGAGCUGGGAACUGUGGCGGCUCACGUUCCCUAUGGAGUUGCCCAAAAAGUGCCAUCAAAGAAAUCAAAUGACAAAAGUGAGGUUUAAUAAAAUAAAAUAAAAUAAACAGCAUUUCUUACUGGCAUGAAAUAUGUAUUGUGUUGACAAUAUUUGUUUUUAGAGAUUGGUGCCUGCAUUGAAUGUUCAUCAGAGUGACAUCUUGUACUGUACUAAGAUUGUCUAGAAUUUAAUAUAUACAGUACCUAGAUUAUACUUCAGCUGUGUUAGUAAACCGAAAUCUGUGAAAUCAGGUGAAGCUAAAGAUCAAGAGGGUCAAGCCAUAUAUAUCUUGCUGGCUGAUUAAAUAGAGUGAAUUUAAUACAGCAAGGCAUUGUAAUGGAUGUACUGUAUGUGCCUUUCAGGUACUACACAAUUGUCUGAAAAAAAAAAAAAACAGUCUGUGCCUCUUAUUUUAUAAAUGAAAAUAUUUAAGUUAAGACUCCCAGCAUUUUAAGUGUUGAUUGUUGAGAGUAUCAAACUAUGGAACAGAGAGAUCAUCCCAGUAGAUGCGUCAUAAUGCUGGAAGUUCUCAGUCUUUGUUCAGCAGUCAUAGAUAAUGUAUUGCCUGUGUGACAUGUAAAAUGCUCGACUUUUAUGUCCAUUCUGUGAUUCUCUUUUGGAUCAUUUUGAUAAGAGUGUGACUAUAUUUUGUAAAAACUGUAAGAGUCUGCAUGUUUUAUUGUUAGAUCUCAUAUAUGCCAAAUUUUGUUUCUAUGAUAUACAAUUGUUCCAUUGGCACAACAGAAAUUUAACCCUGUGAAAGAUUUACCAAUUGUUAUGACCCCUAACUAAAGCAAAAAAGCACUUAUGAUUGUCUUUAUUUCCAGCCACAUUUCUAGCGAAUUCUCGCCAGCUAUAUGGCUGGAUGGUGAUUGGUUUACAGUAUUCAAAAAUACUUCUCUAUGUGCAUAAAGAAACACUAUAUAGAAAUAGAAACACUAAUAUAUUAUAUAUAUUAUGAUACUGUAUAAUAAAAUGUUACAGAUUUUUUUACAAAAAUAAAUAGAUGCUCUAAUUCACA